AUGGCAAGUUCCAAAAGUAGAUCAUCUGAUGAAAAUCAAGAAUUGAAUUCAAUGAGAACAUCUACUGCUUCAGCUAGACGAUUAUCAUUUCAAGAAACGGUUCGUCGAACACAACGAUUGAUGCGUGUUCUUAGAACAAUGAAUACUUUGAGUGAACAUAGAAGACCCACUUAUCUUGGAUCUAAUAUUAAUGAAAGUACAUCAUAUCAAAGACGUGGUGCUAUGACAUUAGAAAAAGUGUCAAUGAGACGAUUAACAAGACUUUCUUUAUUUCCUUCAGCUGAAACUCGAUCACAUAUACGAAUUGAUCGAGAAGUUUCUCUUACAAAAUCAUCAGAAAGUAGUGAAACAUCUAGUAUUACACCUGUAUUAGAUCAACAAGAAAAUACAAAUGAAGCAAUAGCAAGUUCACGCCGACUUGGUCAACGAUUUAUUAUUCUUCAUUAUUCACCAUUUAAAGCUGUAUGGGAUUGGGUAGUUAUUCUACUUGUUUUAUAUACAGGUAUUAUAACACCUUAUACAAUAUCAUUUCUAUCUGAUGAAGAUCAAAAACGUACAAAUUUAAAUACACAUGCAGCAACACGACAAUUUAAUCGAGAACGAACAAGUAUUCAUGUUUUAGUUAUUAUUGAUGUACUCGUUGAUUUUAUGUUUAUAUUUGAUAUAUUAAUUAGUUUUCGAACAACAUUUGUAUUAAAAGAAACAAAUGAAGUAAUAACAAGUCCUAUAUUAAUUGCUAAACAUUUUGUUAUUGAUUCAUGGAGACGUUUUGGAGCUGAUAUACUUGGUGCAUUACCAUGGGAUAUUCUAUUUUUUGGUAAUGGAAGUCAUUCGACGAUACGUCUAGCAAAUUGUUUUAAAUUAGCUCGACUUUUACGACUUGUUGCAUUUGUUCGAAAUUUUCAAAAAACUGAAUAUCGAUCAGCAGUUUUAUUUCUUCUUAUGCUUCUAUUUGCUAUUGCUGCACAUUGGUUUGCUUGUAUAUUUCAUUUUAUUGCAAUACUUGAAGGACCUAAUCUGCAAGUCAAAUACUCAUGGCUUGAUCAUCUAGCUGAUAAAUAUAAAAUGCCUUAUCGUAUGUUAAUUAUAAUCAAGGUCAUAGUCAAAAUGUCUAGAUUUUUUCAUAUGAAUGAAAACAAGUUUUUUUUUUCUUCUUAUGAUGAAUAAUUGAC